GAUUGCUUGAGCGACACACAGACAGAUUAGUUUACUCUAGAUCUUCGGUGUAGAUUUUCGUUAGGAAUUCAUCCACGAGUGACAAAUAAACAGUAACAGAAAUAUAUUUUCUUGAAGAUGAUGGGAGAUUUCCAAACCCGGAACCUUCAACCCAAGAAGAACCCCAUCAGUGACGAUUACAGAAUCACGGGGAGUGUAUUGGGUUUGGGUAUCAAUGGAAAAGUGGUGGAAUGUUUUAACAAAAUAAAUAAUAGGAAAUGUGCUCUUAAGGUUUUACGGGAUAUACCAAAAGCACGGCGAGAAGUAGACCUUCAUUGGAGGGCUUCAGGAUGUCGUCACAUUGUGGCCAUACUAGACGUGUAUGAGAAUGUUUACAGUGGACAGAAAUGUCUCUUGGUUGUAAUGGAAUGUAUGGAAGGAGGUGAAUUGUUCAACAGAAUACAAGAACGAGCAGACUCAGCCUUCACAGAGAGAGAGGCAGCAGCAAUCAUCACAGACAUUGCCAAAGCCAUUCACUUCCUUCACUCUGUCAACAUUGCCCACAGGGACCUAAAGCCAGAAAAUCUUCUGUAUACAAAGAAGGGAGCAGGAGGUGUGCUGAAACUGACUGACUUUGGGUUUGCCAAAGAGAUUCAUUCAAUAAAAAGUCUACAGACCCCCUGUUACACACCAUAUUAUGUGGCACCUGAGGUUUUGGGUCCAGAAAAAUACGACAAAUCCUGUGAUAUGUGGUCUCUAGGUGUUAUUAUGUAUAUUUUAUUGUGUGGUUAUCCACCAUUCUACAGUAAUCAUGGGGCAGCUAUUUCACCUGGAAUGAAGAAAAGAAUAAGGAAUGGACAGUACGAAUUUCCGAAUCCCGAGUGGAGCAAAGUAUCAAAAGACGCAAAAGAUUUAAUACGAGGUCUACUUAAGACAGUACCAGAGGAAAGGUUGUCCAUAGAAGAUGUGAUGAGAAACAAAUGGGUUGCUGACAACACAGAAGUUCCUGCUACUCCUUUGUUUUCGGCUAAAAUUCUACAGGAAGACAAGGAUAUGUGGCUAGACGUCCAGGAGGAGAUGACAAAUGCACUAGCAACAAUGCGAGUGGACUAUGAACAGUGUCAGAUCAAGAAUCUAGAGGACUCAGAUAAUCCAAUACUGAAAAAACGCAGGCAGCAAAGACAAGAAGGGGACCAACCCAUGUAGUUCAAACCAUAGAUUAGCAGCAAAGAAAUACAACUCAUCUGAUUGGUUAAUCACCUCUGAUCAUGUGACUAUAAAUUGACCCAGGAGACAUUCCAUUUAUGUUAACUCACAUGUUUUUGAAUGCAUUUCAGAUUUUGUUCAGGAGGAUAAUACCUGUUUAUUUAGUUUUCUUGCUUUGAUCUUCAAGUUGAAUUCAAUCCCACCAUUACUAUCCCAAGUGCACAUUUUCAACAAUGAAUUUAAGGGUCAUUUUCAUGUGCAGUGUCUUUAAUAUUCCUUUUUUCAGAGGAUAAAAAAAACACAC